AUGACUUGGCAAAUGCCUGUGGAUAGAGAGCCUACAUCGCUUGAGAUCAUGACCAACGAUGACAUUCGCCAGAUUCAGGAGACUUUCGACCAUCUUGUCAACUCGAAUGACUUACUCUUGCGCUCCUGGACGCAUCCCGACCAUCAGGCUCUGUGCUGGAUCACGGUCGUGUUCUGCAUCAUCGCCACCUGGCUUGUGUACUCUCACAUCGUAACCUGGAGGGAAUUUAAGGCGCAAGCAACACAGAUGGCAUCGCUACAGAAGAAGGUCAACAACGAUACUCACGCAGCAUCAUCGCACCAGACAAUCGGUAACGCUCACUCACCACCAAAGACUCCAGUACAACCCAGGUCGAUGCCAUCUGCCAGCGACACUGGGAAGGACAACUCUCUGUUGAUCACUGGCAAUCACGUCCCAUUCGGUGUCGGCAAAAUCAUCGACGGCCGCACUGGUCGAGUCUCAACUCCAGGAUAUCAGACUCCCUUCGUUGACAACUCAGACCAAUACAACUUCUCCGGCCUCGCGAAAACUGCCCCAGUCAGCUUCGACACGCUGCAGCGUAAUGGCUUGCUCGACACAGAGGGCACGCCGACGAGAAAGUACAGUGUAGCUGCGAACGAACGGAGCAGUGCAACUUCUCAUGAGGAAGAGUACGUGCUGGGCUAUAGCCCAGCGAAGCUUGAAGUCCUGGGGCAAUUGGAAGCGCUCUAA